AUGGACAAAUCGCCAAUGGCAAAGAUUGCAGCAUUAGAACCGUUCGAGUGUGGCAAAGAUGCAGCCAGGUACUUUGGCUUCGAGCAUCGUAACCUGAACCAUGGUUCAUUCGGCGCAUCACCAACACCAGUCCGCUCAGUCCAAAGAUACUACCAGGACCUUGGAGAGAGGAGACCAGAUGCCUUCAUUCGAUAUGAGUACCCGCAGCAACUGGAUGUCUCUCGCGUAGCAAUCGCAAAGUACCUCAACGCUCCUGUGGAAACCUGCGUCUUCGUCUCUAAUGCAACAAUCGGCAUCAACACCGUACUUCGGAACAUUCGCUUCAAUCCCAACGAUGUCAUCAUCUACUUCGCAACGAUCUAUGGAGCCUGCGAGAAGACGGUAAGCUACAUCGUCGAGACGACACCGGCAGAAGCAUACAAGAUCCAGUACACGUAUCCAUGCUCUGAUGCCGACUUGUGCAACGCUUUCGAAGCAGCAGUCAAACAACUCCGCAGCAAAGGGAGAAACCCGCGGAUAGCCAUCUUCGACACCAUCGUCUCGUUGCCUGGCGUCCGGAUGCCGUUCGAACGACUGACGGCGCUAUGCAAGAAGCACGCCGUCCUCUCCUGCAUCGACGGAGCCCAUGGUGUCGGCCACGUUCCCCUUGACCUCUCCAAGCUCGAUCCAGAUUUCUUCAUCUCGAACUGUCACAAGUGGCUAAACGUUCCAAGAGGCUGCGCGGUCUUCUAUGUGCCUCUCCGGAAUCAAGCAACGAUGCGGUCGACCUUGCCGACCAGCCAUGGCUUCGUGCCACUGCCUGAGCACGGAGGAGGCAUCAACAAUCCAUUACCACCGACCGGCAAAAGCGAAUACGUGACCAACUUCGAGUUCGUCGGAACGCUGGAUGACUCGCCGUACCUGUGCAUACCGGCGGCUCUGGAGUGGCGUAGCAAAGUCCGCUGGAACGGUAUGGUAGGCGAAGAGGCCAUCAUGGGCUACUGCAGUCGGCUCGCCCGUCGAGCAGGCGCCAUACUGUCCGGCAUCCUGAAGACAGAGGUUAUGGAGAACAGAGAAGGCACGCUGGGCAACUGCAACUUCUCGAACGUACGAUUGCCGCUGUCCUCCAAUGCCUUGACGGCUGGCGAUGCGGCGCAAAUUGCCAGCAUAGGCCAGUGGAUCGCAAAGACACUCGUCCAGGACUACAAGACCUUCAUAGCCAUCAUCUACUAUGAUCAGUCUUGGUGGAUGCGGCUGAGCGCACAAGUGUAUCUUGGGGAGGAGGAUUUUCAAUGGGCUGGCCGGGUUUUGGCAGAGGUGUGCAGCAGGGUAGAGAACGGCGAGUGGAGGCAGGAUCGGCUUGCGUCGAAGCUAUGA